AAAAAGUUUUUGCGCUUUUUUAGUUAUUUGAGACAUUAAACUUGUAUUUGUUAUUUGAUCGUGAACGUUACGUUAAUCUUUGAUUCACUGUGUAAACCAGGCAUUAAAAAUGAUUUAAUUAAUCAGAUAAAUCUUUUGAAACUAUUUUAACCAUGUCUUGUAGAGGUUGUUUAUCGAUUGGAAGUUUUUAUUCAAAAAAAAAGAAAAAUUAUGCUAAAAAUAAAAAUGCAGCUGUUGUUGAGAAGGAAAAAGAAAAUACUAAAAACGAAGAAACUGCUGAAAACUACCAGCUUCGUUGUUACGUAUUUAACAACAACAUUGAAAAAACAAGCAUCGAUGGAAGUAAUGUUGCGAAUGAUCUUGUUACAAACCCUAUUGAAGAAUCAAAAGAGAAUAAAAAAUUAGAAAAGAGUAACUCUCAAACAAGUCUUAUUAGUUUACAUAGUGUGAAGGUACAAAAUUCCGCUUCUCAAACAAGUCUUAUUAGUGUACAUAGUGUGAAGGCAAAAAAUUCCGCUUCUCAAACAAGUCUUAUUAGUGUACAUAGUGUGAAAGCACAAAAUUCUGCUUCUCAAACAAGUCUUAUUAGUGUACAUAGUGCAAAAAACUCCGCAUCUAUGGAAGUUGUAGAACCAUUCUGGAGAAUAAUUAAAAACAACGUUUUAAAUGAAAAAAACACAAAAAGUAUAACUUCUUUAAAUCCUGAACGCAUAGAUUUAAAGGAAUGUGAACGACUCCUUGAAAAGCCCUCUUUAAAGAAAUUAAUAAAAAUCAAUAACUUGUUAAGUAAAUGUACAACAAACUUGCUUAUGCAUUUUUUGCAAAGUGGAUUCCUACAACUAAUGUUUGAGGCAUUAUCUGCUAUGAAUAACUAUAAAUAUUGCUUAAACAACGCAGUUAUGAUCCUUCAAAUCGUUAGUUGUAUAAAAACUGUAAUCAGCAACCACGUUGGGAUUGAGUAUUUACUUGAAGAUAAAAAAAUGUUGAUUUAUUAUCUUUUACCAACACUGGAUACAAGCAACACAAUGGUGAAAAAACAGGUUUUCGAAAUGUUAUCGGCCGUUUGCUUAUACAACAGUCAAGGUUACGAAUUAGCGCUUUCCUCACUUGAACAUUUCAAGAACGAAAAAAGUCAGCGUUACAGGUUUAGCAUUAUAAUAAACGAGUUAAAAAAUGCAGAGCUGCUUGCAUAUAAAACAACGAUUAUUGCAUUUAUUAACGUAAUCCUAAUGUCAACAAUGGAUUUCACUGAAAGAAGAAAUUUAAGAAAUGAGUUUAUUGGCCUCGGACUAUUAGAUUUGUUGACAACUUUAAGACAUGAGCAGGAAGAAGAAAUUUUUAUACAAAUUAGUGUUUUCGACGAACAAAAACAGAAUGAUGAUGAGUUGAUGAUCACAUCUGAUGGAUUUAACUUAAACGAUCAUCAACAGGUUUUUAAUGCCGUUUUUCAACAGAUUGCUGAGAAACCGGUUGCCAACAACUUUCUCGCCAUUCUUCAAAGUUUGCUUGUAGUUUCUGAAGAAAAUGAAUGUCAAGAUCUUAUAUGGAACGCCAUUGAAGAUGUUGUGGUUCGCAUUUCUAUGGUUACAAGUGAAGCUAGUUCAAUUCUGUGUAAACAAAAGCUUGAAAAGGAUUUGGUUGGCUUGCAUCAAAGCAUCUUAGGAAAAUGCGAAAAAGAAACGCAAACCGAAUAUCUUAAAAAACAAAAUGAAAUAAAUGAAAGCAAAGAGACUCAAACAGAAAAAACUAAGUUUGAUGAAAAUUCUGAUCAGAAUACAAACUGUAAAAUAUGUGGUCAACUGAACCAAACACUUUUAAUAAAUAAAAAAGAUGAUUUACUAAUAACUUCUAUUCCACAACCACCUCCCCCACCAUUUAUUUUAUCAACUCCAAUACUUAGUACUUCGUCAUCAUCCCCACCUCCUCCACCUCCACCUCCACCCCCACCUCCAGCAAUGUUCUUUCCAUCUUCAACAGCCCCACAAAAUGUAAAUGGAGGAAUUCCUCCUCCACCUCCAUUACCUGGGGCACCGUUUUUAAUACCUGAUGGAGUUCCUCCACCACCUCCACCACCUCCUUUAAAUGGAGGACCUCCAUUUCCUCCACUUCUGCCAGGAGCAGCGUUUGUAAGUUGUCCAAUAUCAGGAGGGAUUCCAAUGCCUCCUCCUUUAUUUAAUGGAGGACCUCCUUUAGCACCGCCUCUGCCGGGCACAACUGGUUCAUUUCCCGGAGGGGUUCCUCCACCACCGCUAUUUCCAGGUUGUAUACCAUCGUUACCACCCGGAGUUCCACCACCACCUGGAGGUUUGUUUGCUCCAAAUUUAAAGCAAAACAAUGCAGAACCUUCAAACCGUAGGUUAAAACCAGCAAAGACACCGAGCCAAAAAAUGAAGAAGUUACAAUGGAGCAAGAUACCUCCUCACGUAUUAAAAAAAAGUUCAAGUAGUGUUUGGAAAAAAGUAGUUGAAGUUAACGGAGUUGAACCGGACUAUGGAACGGAAGAAGAGUUAUUUUGUCAAAAAGAGAUUGUGAAGGAAGAAAAAAAAGAUGAAAAAAAAAGUGAACCAAAAGAAAUUGCAAUAUUGGAUGGAAAAAGAAGCAUGAAUGUUAACAUCUUUUUACGACAGUUUAAAGGUGGUUUUGAAUCUGUAAUUGCUUUAAUUAAGCAAGGAAACGCUACAGAGCUUGGAGUGGACCGUCUAAAAUGUUUAGAAAAACUUCUCCCUGAUUCAUCAGAGAAAGAACAACUGAAAGAGUUUCACGGAGAUAAAGAAAAACUUGGAUCUGCCGAAAAGUUUUUUAUCGCUCUAAUUAAUUUGUCUAGUUACGAACUUCGUAUCAAAAGUUUAAUUUUAAAAGAAGAAUUUGAAGUAGCAAAAGAGAACCUGGGGCCUAAUAUCAAAAUUUUGAAACAAGCAAUCGAAGGUAUUUUACAAAGCGAGAUCUUACCUGAAAUUUUAAACCUGAUUCUCAGAAUUGGCAACUUUAUGAACCAUGGUUCACACGCUGGUGACGCAGAAGCUUUUAAGAUUACCUCACUACUCAAGCUGUCUGAUACGCGUGCUAAUAAACCCAGAAUGAACUUGUUGCAUUUUAUUGUCCAAAUAGCUGAAGAUAAAAAAGAAGAACUCAUGGAGUUCCCUGAUAAAAUGACGGAUGUGCUUCAAGCUGCAUGUCGAUUAAAUAUUGAUAAUUUAGAAAAAGAAGUCAACGUUUUGAAAAACAAUUUAGAAUCCACUAAAAAAUCUUUAAAAAAAGCUCCUUCUGACAUUAAAGAACAGAUGGGAACUUUUCUCAAGGAAUCUAUGUUGCAAUGUUUAGAGCUGGAAACUAAUAUUAAAGAUAUACGUAAUUUAUGUUGCCAAUUCGCUGAUUACUUUUGUGAAGACGCAACAAAGUUUAAAGUAGAAGAAUACUUAAGUAUAUUCUUACAAUUUUCUACAAAUUUGAAGAAAGCAAAAGAAGAAAACGAACAAUUCAAACUUCAAGAAAAACAAAGACUUGCACGUGAGCAAAAACAGGCGGAAGAAAAAGCAAGGCAAGAAAAACUAGGAUUAAACGUUAAAGGCAAAAAAAAACCUGCCGAGCGCGUAGAAGAGAAGUGCAUUGUCGAUUCUUUGAUGGAUGAAAUCAAAAACGGUUUUCCGUUACGAAAGAGUAACUUAAAAACAGAUAAAAUUCCAUUAUCUAACCAAAAAUCAUCCAAAUCCUCCGAACUGCAAUGGAAAAAAGCCAAAACUUUAGCAUCAUUUAUAGUAACUGGAAAACCAUCGGAGGAGCCGUUGGUUUUUAAUAAUGGUUUGAACUCAAUUGAAAAAAUGGAAAAUUCUGAACAAAUUUCUAAAUUAAAUGAAAACAUAAAAACAUAUCCGGACAAAAACAGGUCUUCCCGUAUUUCUAAAACAGAAAAUGAAUAUAUGGGAAACAGUUGUAAAGAUGAUAGUGAAAAAACUUGCAACGGUGAUAUUCUAUUAUUUAAAGUUACCAAUACUGACACGAACACAAAAAAACUUAUUGAUUCCAAUAAACAAAACGGUCUCCAUGAUACUACCCACGAAAAAAUCGCUUCAGAAGAGAAAGCAUCAAACUCUAAAGAAAAUACUUACUUACCUAAUGGUGCAGGGUCCAUUAAAAAGAAAAUCAAACCAACUAAAAGUAAUGAAUCUAUUAGUUCUAAACGAAAGAACUCGUGUUUUGAAGAAGUUAUUGACGAUAACUCAAUUAAAAAUAAAGAAAACGCUCUAUAUACGAUUGCUCACCUAAAGAAACGAGUUCUCGAGUCGGAAAAAAUUUCUGCCGAUAUCGUUGAUGACGAUAUUGAAAAAGAUGAAUUAAAUACAAACUCAUCGGACCUACAAGUAAAUAAAAAUCCCAAACGUAGGAAAUCAGAGACGAGUGUGAAAAAAAAUUGCAAAGUCUCUUAAAAAAUUAUUAGGUUAUUUUUUUUAAAAAGUUUUUAGAGUUGUACAUUUAAUGUUUCAACAAGACUCUCUACUUUUUCUAAGUUCUUGUACAUUAAAUGUAAACAUAAGUUUUUAUAAAUCUUUUUUUUAUUUUUUACUGAUUAAUUUAU